AUGAAGUACGAACGCAUGGCCAUUGAGAUCGAGUCGCCUGAGGAGUACGGCUAUGACAAGAUCAAAUACAAUCUUUUCGAGAGUUCUAUUACCGAUCAAUCCCUCGAUUCUCUGGAUCUUCAGAUCUCAAACCUUGUGGCUCCACCCUGUCCCGAAAAGCUCUUGACCGGCUCGUUGCUAUCACAAAGCGAAAGGCAUCAUUGGGGUGGUCACGUUCUGAGUAUCAGCUCCCUGUCCAAGUCAUUCGGAAUCCCCGGUAUCCGUAUUGGCUGGCUCAUCACCACCAACCGGGAGCUUCAACAAACAUUUUUGGCAGCCAAAGAGCAGAUAAGCAUCAGUGGCAGUGUCAUUGACGAGUGGAUUGCCACCCAGGUUCUCUCUCGACGACAGCAGAUCCUGGCCGACACCACAGAGGAAAUGAAAACUCGACAUAUAAUGGUAGAGUCUUGGAUCGAUAGCGAAGAGCUGCUAGAAUGGGUUAAGCCGACCGGUGGGGUGGUUUGUUUCCCCAGAAUCAAAAAGGAGAUUAGUGGUGGAUUCCCAGCAAUCUACGACAGGCUGCUCAAGAAAUAUGCUACUUAUGUUGGCCCAGGCCACUGGUUCGACCUGCCUGAUAGUUUUUUUCGACUUGGAUAUGGCUGGCCAGCACGUGAAGAGCUAGAGGAAGGUAUGAAAGCCAUCUCGGCGGCUCUGCGAGAGGAAUUAAGGACCUUCAAAAUGGCGACGCCCCAAGAAAGGCACCCCGAGCUCUUCAGGCCCGUGAGUACCGAGUCGCCUCGAGGCAAGAAGCGAACUGUUCCCAUGGAAUGCCUAUGUCUAGGUUUCAACCGGACAGGCACAGCAACGAUGUGUAAUGCAAUGGAAAUUCUCGGGCUUCCUUGUUGGCACUCCAUACAAUUCAUGUCAACAAGAUUUCCAGACGUGGAAAUGUGGCAAGAAGCCGUCGAUAGGAAGUUCUUCGGAGCAGGACCCAAGUUCGGGCGAGCUGAAUUUGACCAGCUACUGCAUGACUUCGGAGCAGUCUCUUCCGACACGCCGGCAAUCGCCUUUUCAGACGAUCUACUGGAAGCGUAUCCGGAGGCAAAGGUCGUUCUCGUGGAGAGAGAUAUCGACUCCUGGUACAACAGCUGGAUGAACAGUGUGAUCAAGAACACGUAUGAUCCAUUCGUGACUGUGAUUUACCACGUGGAUCGCUUCUUCACCCACCCCAUUGGGAAAAUUCACAAGUCCACUUUUCAAGGGUGGAUGGGUAUUUCGAACCCGGAGGAUGCACGAUUCAAGAGCAAGGCAAAGUAUCGGGAGCAUUACGAGCUGGUUCGAAGACUUACACCGAAAGACCAGUUGCUGGAAUAUAAAUUGGCGGAUGGUUGGCAGCCGCUCUGUGAGUUUCUUGGGAAACCAGUGCCUGGUGUUCCUUUUCCACACGUCAAUGAGAAGGCAUGGCUAGAUGAGAAAGUGCAGCUAUCACUGAGACGUGGGAUGCGACGUUUGGCUUGGAAGAUUUCGAAAUUCCUUGUCCCGUUGGUUGUGGCUGGAGUCGGUUACUAUAUGUACUCGAACACUUAG